CAGGAUUUUCUUGUUUUGAUAUACGGUAAUUUAAGUGUAUAGUGUUUCGGAUAUGUAGCGUUCGUAAAUUGUUAUUGUUAUUUUUUUUUUAUUUUAGUUAUAAUCGGAGGCAACUUUUAUUUUUUAGAAUUGAUUUUCUGUGUUUGAAUAGUAAUGAAUCGUAGCCAGUCAUCACACUGUGAUCUUGUUUCAAAAUAUGGGUUAUAUCACAAUGUUUCUGAUGCUAGCUUACCUCCAAAACUGGAAGAUAUAAAAAGACAACUAAAAGAAGAAAUCCGCAAGGAAUUAAAAAUAAAAGAAGGUGCUGAAAAUCUUAGAAAAGCUACAACAGAUAAAAAGUCUCUGUCCAAUGUUAACUCAAUCGUCAAAAAGGCUAACAGUAAAUUGCAUGAGCUUCAGCAAGAAUUGCAGGAUCUUAAUGCUUAUAUGCUGGUCAUUCAAGGACAAAGUUCUGAUUUAAAUUUUACUGAAAGCUGUGUAAUUUCACCAGACAACUAUGAAAGAGAACCUUUUGAAGUUCCCCUAUCAACAUCAGGGCAAAGGUUAAAGUCAAUGGAAAAGCAACUUAAUAUUGAACAAAAGGUGAAACUUGGAGCAGAAAAUAUGAUCCAGAUGUAUAGUUCUGGAUCUUCAAAAGAUAAAAAACUUCUGGCUGAAGCUCAACAGAUGUUGGCCGAUUCGAAAGCUAAAAUAGAGUACAUUCGAAUGAUGAUCAACAAAGUUAAACAUGACAAAGAAAAUCAUGCAGAUGGUAAUACUGUUGGAUCUGAAGGAGCAGCUAAAUUGCCUGAGAUAAUGUCACCUUUAGAAUUGAGAAUAGAAGAACUGCGGCACAGACUAAAAGUAGAAUGUGCUGUUGUAGAAGGGGCAAAAAAUGUUAUCCGUCUUUUACAGAGCUCAAAAUUAACAGAUAGGAAAGCCUUACAGGAGGCUCAAAUGAAUCUAUCUGAAUCUAGCCAAAAAUUAGAUCUUAUACGGCGAUCCAUGGAAAUUAGAAAACUUGAACUUCCACCGGAGUCUCCUAAGUUGGAAAUUCUGAAAAAUGAAUUGGAAAGCAGUCAAGCAACAAGUCCGGUGUUGUACCCGUCCACAAUUCAUCCUCAUGGAACAAGAGAAACUCCUAUACCUUCUUGUAGUACUUCCUUAUCAAAACCUGCUACUGUGACUGGCAAGCUAGAAGUCAGACUUAUGGGUUGUCAAGAUUUACUAGAAGAUGUUCCUGGUCGUUUACCUCGCAGAGAACAAGGCCCUCAUAUAUCUAGCCCUGCUGAUUUACGUAGUUUUGUACGGGCUACUGGAAAGGGACUGACUGGAAGAGGCUCAUCUAAGUCAUAUAGCAUUAAAGAGGAAACAUCUAAUGAGAUAAUGGCAGUCCUGAAGCUUGAUAAUGUCACAGUUGCUCAAACAACAUGGAAACAAUGUAGUCAGCAAGCAUGGGAUCAACGGUUUAGUAUUGAGCUUGACAGGUCAAGAGAAUUGGAAAUUCAAGUUUACUGGCGAGACUGGCGUUCUAUGUGUGCUGUAAAAUUUCUACGUUUAGAAGAAUUUAUUGAUGACAAUCGUCAUGGUAUAGCUCUUCAUAUGGAACCACAAGGACUUCUGUUCGCAGAAGUUAAGUUCUUAAAUCCUAUGAUCUCAAGAAAACCCAGACUACAGCGGCAGAGGAAAUUAUUUAGGCACAAAGGUAAAAAUUUCUUACGUCCUGGUCAAAUGAAUAUCAAUGUAGCAACGUGGGGACGUCUUAUGAAGCGAGCAAUGCCUCAAGCUUGCUCUGAACAAUCUGCAACUAUAAGUCCUCCAUCUUGCUUAUUAGCACCAGUCUCUAACAAGAAUCGUUCCUUAGACAGCAUUGUUACAAAGCUAGAUUUUGAUGCAACUCUUGGAGAUGAUCAAGUAGAUAAAGAAGAUAGUCGCAGGCUAUCUAAUACUGAACAAAAUGCAGCUGUUUUAGAACUUGAUAUAAAAACUGCACUUGGUGAAUUUGAUUUCCUUGGAUCUGAGUUAUACCCGCCUAAUACUGUCAAGAAAGAUUGCUAUCCUAUGAAUGAUGUUGGAUUAGAUCGGUAUACCCACAGCUCUAAUAUUAAGGAGUGCCUUACUGAAUCUGAUUUAAUUGUGAAUAAUCGAAUACGUCACUCUCCAACACCUGAGCCAUUAGUGGAAAUGCCAGAUGAACAAGGAAAUCUGGUAACUCAGCUUCCUCCUCCAGUUCAGGAAGCUGAAAAUGUCAGAGUUGGUCUUUCUCUGGAAAAUUUUCAGUUUAUUAGUCUUCUUGGCAGAGGUCAUUUUGGAAAGGUUAUAUUAAGUAAAUUUAAAAACACAGAUGAAUAUUUUGCUAUAAAAGCACUGAAAAAGGGAGACAUUCUUGCCAGAGAUGAAGUAGAAAGUUUAAUGGCUGAAAGAAGAAUUUUUAAAAUAGCUAAUUCCAUUCGCCAUCCGUUUCUGGUGAAUUUAUUUGCCUGCUUCCAAACUCAAACACAUGUUUGUUUUGUCAUGGAAUAUGCAUGUGGUGGAGACUUAAUGAUGCAUAUUCACACAGACAUUUUUCCAGAACCAAGAGCUGUUUUUUACGCAGCUUGUGUUGUUUUGGGUUUACAGUACUUACAUGAAAACAAAAUUAUUUACAGGGAUUUGAAACUAGACAACUUGCUCCUGGAUUCUGAGGGAUAUGUCAAGAUAGCAGACUUUGGCCUCUGUAAAGAAGGAAUGGGCUAUGGUGACCGCACAGGAACAUUCUGUGGGACUCCAGAAUUCUUGGCUCCUGAAGUUUUAACAGAAACUUCAUAUACCCGUGCUGUUGACUGGUGGGGUCUGGGUGUUCUCAUAUAUGAAAUGUUGGUUGGAGAGUCUCCUUUCCCUGGAGAUGAUGAAGAAGAAGUAUUUGACAGCAUUGUUAAUGAUGAAGUUCGGUAUCCCACAUUUCUCUCUCUCGAAUCUAUUGCUAUUAUGAGGCGUCUUUUGCGAAAAAAUCCUGAAAGAAGGUUAGGAGCAAGUGAAAGAGAUGCUGAGGAUGUUAAGAAGCAGGCAUUUUUCCGAAAUAUUAGAUGGGAUGAUCUUUUAAUGCGAAAAGUGAAACCACCAUUUAUACCUGUUGUGAAAAGUCCUGAAGAUGUUAGUAAUUUUGAUGAGGAGUUCACAUCUGAACAACCUAUUCUUACACCUCCAAAAGAUCCACGUCCACUUACAAAAGAAGAGCAGUGCUUAUUCAAAGACUUCUCUUAUAUGGCUGAUUGGUGCUGAUUUUAGCCUUUGUACAUAUGGUAGCACAUACAUGCCUUGUUUUGCCUUAACAAACAAGUCAACUCCGUCCUCCAGUUCUGAGGUCAGUGGAUGUGGGAAAUCCCUGUGCUUUGGGAUUCCUGUGAGCAUGCAGCUAACUUCAUUAAUGUAAAGUAUGUUACAUUUGUGUCCUAGCUCAGGUCAUCUUGUUCAUAUGAUGCAAACUUCAUCAUUGCCUUACCUUGUGUGCCUGUCCUGCAUAGUACUGAGAAGACAUUUUGUGAUAUCUUUGAGCCUUGAUAUUUGUUUUAAAGGAGAGACAGUGCCAAAAGCCAUAAGAGCAAUGUCUCUAGUUUUUGCUCUUAAUGUCAAUUGUUAUGUCUCAAUAAUAUUAGGCUCCAUUGCAUUGUACAGUUUUAUACUAGUUUAGCAAAUAAUCACAAACAGUUUUUCAAUAUUCAUAACAAAGUAUAUAUUCUUAAGUUCUAAAUGGUUUUUUAGAAUCUCUAUAAAAUUAUUUUAUGUAGAUUUCAAAAUCUAAAAACUACACAUUUAUUAAUUUUUUUUAAAAAAAAAUCUAAUUUUUCCAUUGGAUAAAGCAAAUAGUUUUUGAUCUCUACUAUGGUCGACGGUGAUUAAUAAUUAUUUAACUUCUAUGUGGUGAUCUCAAUUGCAUUUAAAAUAUGAACUAAAAAGAGCAUUUCAAGUAAACAAAUGCAGUUUCUUUAAUGUGUAUAAUUUUCCCUGAUAUUUUUAAAUGACUGUAAAAUAAAGCUGUUAUUUGUCUUCAUA